AUGGCUUCUUCAUCAACACUUGCUGCUUCACCACAAACUGAUUUAAAAGAAAUAUUAUUUCUUUUCCGAAAUUUUUCAAGCCAGCCAUUAGAGCCUUUAAAAUCAAAUCCGUGCAUUUCAGAAAAAGAACAAAUAAGACUUGACCUAAUAAAAGAACAGAUAAAACCAGCUGUUUCAUUGGGAAAUGAGAAAAAGAGGUCAGCAACUAGCGAUCGGUCUCGAGUGAAACGAACAAAGUUGGAUGGAUUUGAUAAUAUUACAGUGAAACAAGAAUCAGUUGAAUCAGAACCAAUUAGUAUUCCAUUGAUUAAAAAAGAGACGGAAGAAGAAAUAGUACAAGAGAGGCAAAUUGAAGUUGAACCUAUCAGUUUAACGGCUGAUGAAAUACUUAUGGCAGAAGAAGGUCAGGCUGCUGCAGCGAUGUUGUUAGAGAUAAUGAGUGAUGUGGAAGAGAAGUAUAAUAAUUCGCCAUAAAUAUUGUCAUCACCUUCAUCUACACCUCCACCAUCUGAAAACAAUUUAGAGUCCAAGUA